AUGCCUUCAUCUGUCCCUCCGAAUGCACGUGAGGAGCCGAAGAACCAAGCUGUAGAAAAACCACAAGUACCAAAUGAUGCUCACAGUCAAGCUCCAAGCAAUGUCUCUGCCGGGAGCAAACAAUCCACAUGCAAGGACGGCGUCCGAGGAAGAUCAAAUUCACAGAGCAGAAGCUUGGAAUCACCACAAGCACCAGAUGGCGAGGCUCGACCCUCCAAUAAUUCCGCCGAUCCUCCCAAACGAUCCGGAAGCAGUGAAAGCGCCACGGAAAAAGUACAAUCACAAAGCAGAAACCUAGAACCAUCCAGAGUACAGAUUGGUGAGAGUCAGGCCCUCAGUGAUUCUUCAAAUCCCAGCAAAAGGUCUACAAGCAAGGAGGGCCUCAAAGAAAGAUCGCGGCCACAGAAGAGACAUACUGCGCCAUUGCAAGAACCAAACAGUGAGGUUCGGGACGCAACCUAUCCCACCCAUCCUGCCAGAAGAUGUACAAGUGACGAAAGUGUAAAGGAACGAUCUCAAUCCAGGAGCAAAAACCUAGAAAUACGACAAGAACUUGAUGGUGAAAGCCCCAGUGGCUCCCCAACCCCGAGCAAACGGCCGGCAAGCAGGAAAAUUGUCAGCGAAAGGUCACAAUCACAAAAUAGGCAUUCGCAAACACCACAAGCACCAAAUGGCGCUCCACGUCGGGCUCCUCAUAGUUCAUCCAAUUUGCAAAAAUUGGCAGCUAGCAGAAGAAGCGUCAGGGAAAGGUCACAGUCACAGAGUUGUGCUCCUGAAAUUGAGGAGCGGUCAAGGGGGAGGUUUCGGGAGACCAUGAAGAAAGCUAUAACUCGCAAGUCUGAGAUUCCACCAAGGGACGACGAACGCAAAGAUAAGACUGACACCGAAAAUGCUCCUAUUGAAGAAGCGAUAGAUAGUACAGAAGAACUUGGUCAGCUUGCUUCUCACCUGGGCGGGUUAUUACAGGAAAACGAUGACCUCGAUUUCUUUGCUGAAAAGCGGAUGCUUGGAUCGUGCGAGUGGAUACUUGAUGAACCAGUAUUAGCAGGCUUUCUGCGGAGACCCCAGCAGUCCCACGCUCUGUGGUGCACAGGACGUCCAGGGUCCGGCAAGUCUGUGUUUGCAUCCUCUGUUGUUAACCUCCUUCGAGAAAAGAAGGCGAAAUGCGCCUUUCACUUCUUCCGGUUUGGGAAUGAAGCUCAGAACAGUCUGAGUUCGUUUCUAGUCUCUGUGGCGUAUCAGUUCGCGGAGUGUAUCCCGCCGUACCGAGCCCGCCUAGUCAAGAUGUUUGAUCAAGGUCUUAGCCUGCAGAAGUCUGCCCCAAGACUUAUCUGGCAGAAGCUAUUCUUGUCGACACUGUUCAAAAUAGACAUCAGGAAGCCAAUCCAUCUGGUGAUUGAUGGCUUGGAUGAGUGCGAUGCGUCUGCGUUAUUGUUAAAGUUGCUUGGGGAUAUAUCGAGUUCGAAAGCGAAGUUCUGCGUCAUGCUGGUCAGCCGCAAGACACAGUUGUUGAACACAGGCAUCGACAAACUCAUCAAAACAAUCCCCAUCGAAACGUUCUCCCUUGAAGAUAUUGAUGAAGACCUUCGGAUGUACGUCGAGGACGAAAUGCAACUCAUGCGUGGAGAUCAGAAUUUCAAGGACCGAAUCGCAGAAAGGAUAUUAGCGAAGGCUGAUGGCAAUUUUCUGUGGGCGAAUCUUGUUGUGAAAGAGGUCCUACAGUGUCACACGGAGACAGAGAUAGAAGACGCACUCAAUGACGUGCCUGAAGAUUUGGAGCAUCUUUACGGACGGAUGGACGCAGCUUUGUCACGUACCUCGCGACCAUCAGAUCAAGCCAUGGCACGUACUAUAUUGAUGUGGGUGGUAUGUUCUCGGCACCUCCUCAAUCUCGACCAGCUCGGAGAUGCUUUGAAACCCGAGUAUGCCGAGGUACUCGAUCUCAGACUUACCAUUAACCAAGUUUGUGGGGAGUUCAUUGUCAUCGACACAAAAGGGACCAUCUCCAUGGUCCAUGCUACAGCAAGGGACUUCCUUACUGAGAAAAGAGACCUGAACUUCUAUAUCCCAGUGGCCGGUUCCCAUCAAAAGAUCUUCACGAAGUGUUUGUCAGAAUUGAUCACGGCCAGCUCCAGAAUUCAAAUGGGCCAGAUCAAGCCCAAGUCCUUUUUGUUGUAUGCCGCAACUUCCUGGGCAUACCAUUUGAGUCUAACCUCGGCAUGCCUUGACCAGGAAAGCCUCCUCUUGCUCGCACAAUUUUUCCGUGGUCCAGCUGUUUUGAGCUGGAUUCAUUUGCUGUCUUUCUCGAAUCAAUUGGGGACCUUGGUUCAAGCCUCAAAAAUCCUAGCGACAUUCCUGAAACAAGUCGAUCGCCUAGACUCAGAUCGAAGCCCCUUAACUCAUCGCUUGCAGGAGAAGGAUAUGCUGUCGCUGUGGACAGUUGACUUGGUGAGGCUGGUAGGGAAAUUUGGGUUGCAUCUCAAAUCGCAGCCGAAAUGCAUCUAUAAACUGGUUCCCGCGUUUUGUCCCCCUGCCUCGGCGAUCCAUAAGACUUUCUGUUCGAAGGCAGCGCAAUCAUCUCUCACAAUCACUGGAAUCUCCAACCAGACCUGGGAUGACUGUCUAGCUAAGUUUGCCGUGGCAAACAGUUGUUUACCCAUUGCCGUCACAUCUGUGAACAAGCAUUUUGCGAUCCUCACCUCCGAUGGCACUGUUCAUCUGUACAAUUCAAGCACACUCGAAGAAGGGAGGCGUUUCAAGCACGCCGAGCGAGUGCUGGCGUGGUGCUUCAAUCAGACAGGGGAGAAGCUGGUCACCUACGGUUUCGUGAAGACGAUGGUUUGGAACGUCACGUCGGGUUUACAAUUGUUCUCCAUCACGAAUCCAGGCACUGCCAAAGCGAUCACUAUUGCCUUUAGUGGCAGUGACGACUCUAUCGUAACAUGCUCUGACGACCGCAACGUUCGAUGUGUCUCUCUUGACGCUAUAGAAGCAGGCUGGCAGGUUCUCGAAAACGUAUUUGGCUCGGAUGUGCUGGAUGCAGACCAGCAUAACUCACCUCGUUGUGCGGCGUUCAACGCUCUCGGCUCUCAAUUGGCUGUCGGCUAUAGAGGAUUCGCCCUUUCUGUGUGGUCGGUUGAUGAACCUCGCCCAUGUUUGAUUGGCAGGUGUGAACGGCAAGGUUCUACAGGCCAACUAGCCAGCGGCAGCUUUGUCGACACCCAAGCUAUCUGCUGGAAUACGGUGACCGGGCAUGUACUCGGUGUCUAUAAUGACGGCUGUGUGUUUAAGUGGCAUCCAUUUGACGGAGAAUACCAAGAAUCCAAAGUGUCUGGGUCAGAUGUGAAAUGCAGCCCAGACGGAAAAUUCUUCGUUACGAGCAGCGUUGACGGCACUCUACGUGUGUGGGAUUUUCUUCACUUCUCACCUGUGUACCAGCUCUCCUGCUCUUCCUCCGUUACAGAUCUUGCCAUAGAUCCUGUUGAACGACGCAUUUACGAUAUCAGAGAAAGCUUUUGCAAUAUCUGGGAGCCGAAUGCCCUUCUUCGCCUUUGGGAGACUGAUGAUAAGGCAAGCGAUACGACGAGUACUCGUGAGAGCUCGACGCAAGUCUCUGUGUAUUCUGAGGCGUCAGGCGAGAGCUCCCAGCCACUGACCGCCCUUGCUGUAGACAAGAAUACCCUCAAUUACUCAGCUGGCGACGAUGAAGGCGUGGUAACUUAUUUUAGCCGGGAAGGCGAGGUCAUUAGCCAGCUGUCGCAGACCUUUAUGACGGUCGACCACAUCUGUUGGAGUGAUAAUGGUGCCUUUGUUGCCUCAUCGGAUUUAAGUCGGCGAGUGACCGUCAAGGGUAUCGACCAUACGAAAGUCAACGCUACACCAAAGUCUCUACUUACCGUGAAGGAAGAAGAACCUAUCAAACAGCUGCUGCUGAGUCCCAUGGGGGACUAUCUGCUCGUAUCGACAGAUCAAUGUCUCACUAUCUGGUCAAUCCAGCAAAGGAAAGUUGUGUCUUCUCGCCCGCAAACAGCACGCUACUAUUGGACAAAUUCACCCUCCGAUCCUGAUCAGUUGAUUGGCUUUGGCUACUCGGAACUCCAGAUAUCCGUGUGGGAGGGCCUAGGCACAACCUGGCAGCUUGACAUUGACCGGAGCACAGUAGAUGGGUUCGCCAGCCGAUAUGGAGUACAUGCGAUGUUCCCAAAACCAACCACCAAAUUCACCACCAGCGAAAACGAGACCGAGAAUGCUGUGGACAAAGUUCUCUUCACUCUAGACGGCUCUAUGGCCCUCCUCGAGACCUCGAAAUGCUCCGCCCAUCACUCACGUGAAAAACAAUUCAUGCUCGUGUCCAUCGACCCAGAAUCCAUCAUCGAAGCUCUCGGAUCAAGAACCAUGGUCAUUGAACCCACCCUCCUCCCCUCCGAGCUUAUUUCCCGUCUUGGCUUACCACUCGGCUUCGUCAUGUCCGACUCGAUCCAAUCCGUGCGGCGCAAAUCCUUCGCCCCGAGCACGACCUCGCACCCCAACUCGGCCGACCCAAGCAGAAAGUCCUUCCUCAACCCCUCCACAGGUCUCACCGUAAGCAACACCAACUCCUGGCGUGCAUCCUCCUCCACAUUCCUGGCCGUGGGAGACCCAACCCUCUCAACAGGGGAUGAGCAUGUCCUAGCCUUCCUAGAUCACGAGUACUGGGUGUGCACGUAUGUGUUGGCGGAGGGCCGGCCCGGAAGGGUGAGGAGACAUCAUUUCCUGCCGCGCGACUGGAUCAACAUGGAUUGGUUGGAGCUGGCGGUGAUGAGGCGCGAUGGCACGUUGCUGUGUCCGCGGAAUGGGGAGGUGGCGAUGGUGGCCAACGGGUUGAAGGAGGAGUGUUUGGAAUAG